UCGAUAGUAGCGGUGUGCUGCGGGUAUCGGAGGAACGAGUGCAUUGUCUAGUUUGUCCCCAGAUGUCAGUUGUGCUUGGUUACAAUGACGUAUUCACAGUUGUUGUAAAAUGGCUACGCCACAGCACAAAAGCUUUUGUAUUCUUGAGCUUGCGAAGUGUAAUUCCGUGAUUACAGUGCAAAGACGUUUCCGGUUGAGGUACGAAAUUGAUCCUCCGAAUGGAUGGAACAUUCGCAGAUGGUACCGUCAGUUUGUUGACACAGGUUGUGUAUGUAAAGGAAAGAGUCCUGGCCGACCUCGUGUAUCUGAAGAAAAUGUCGCACGGAUUCAAGCUGCUUACCAACGUAGCCCUUCAAAAUCAACACGUCGUGCCAGUCGGGAAUUGCAGCUGCCUAAAACAACAGUUUGGCGUGUUUUGAGACGCAGGUUAGUUAUGAAGCCGUACAAGUUACAGCUGUUACAGGCUCUGAAUAAUGAUGACAAACAUAAACGUGUGGAAUUUAGUGGCCAGAUUCAGGAUGUUAUUGACAACGAUAACAAUUUCUCAGAACGGAUCGUGUUCAGUGAUGAAGCAUGUUUUCACCUUAGUGGGAAGGUGAACAAACAGAAUGUUAGAAUUUGGGGCCUACAGAACCCACAUGCGCAAAACGAACAUUUUCGAGAUUCACCUAAAGUGAAUGUGUUUUGUGCUAUAUCCUGCUCAUCUGUUUACGGCCCUUUUUUCUCUGAUGGAAACACGGUUAACGGUCCGCAGUAUCUUCAUAUGUUGCAAAACUGGUUGUUUCUGAGGCUGAACAAGGACAACCUCAUUUUUCAACAAGACGGGGCACCCCCUCACGGGAGUCAUCAAGUUCGUCAGUUUCUGAAUGAAACUCUUCCUAACCGUUGGAUUGGACGUCAAGGAGCUGACGAUUUAGCACUUUUCAGCUGGCCUCCACGGUCAUCAAAUUUGACGCCGUGUGAUUUCUUCCUGUGGGGUUUCAUCAAGGACACUGUCUACGUUCCUCCACUACCACAGAACCUCGAUGAGUUGAAGAACCGGAUCCGUACUGCCAUUACAUCAGUGACACCGGUUCCUUUUCAAAUUCCUGCCAUACUUAGUCGAGUAUGGCAGGAAUUUGAGUAUCGGUGUGAUAUUGUUCUUGUCGCUGGUGGAGGACUGGUGGAACACCUGUAA